AUGGCGUUUGGCUUCAAGUCCGUUGCUGAUCGGGGCAUCAACCGGAACACCAGCAAAAACCAAUGGCGAGGAAUUGGUACAACGGCUCGAAUGGUCAGUGGAGGGUUUUCCUUUGACGAUGGUGAACAAGUGCUAGUAUCGGUACAAAAGCCAUUGGGGAUACUGCUGGAGCAAGACGAUGUCGACGAUGAGAACGUGCUUGGGCCCGUGAUAGUGGCAGAAGUGGAUCCGUCGGGGUCAGCAGGACGCGCUGGGGUCCAAGCGGGCGACAUCUUGGUGGCAAUCCAAAACGCCAGCGUCGAGCAACAGUCAUUGGAAUAUGCAAUGGACUUCUUGCAGCAAACGCCGAGGGUCGUCAACUUGAGAUUCAUUCGGCCCUCUAGCUAG